AUGUGGGCCAAUUUCACAUUGGGAUGUGACACUUGUGGUUUCUAUCUAGAUAGCCAGUGUGCCCUGUUGCCAGGUAUGGUUAGGCACAGAUGGAACAAGAAGCUCCUCAUCUUGAGCUAUCCCCCAUACACUUAUCAUCUGGAUAAGUUUUAUUGCCAAUAUUGCGAGAAAGAAAUAAAUCUAGAGUUUUGGCACUAUCGAUUUCACGAAUAUGAAAAAUGGGUGCAUCCUAAAUGCAUUGGUAAUAGUGGUUAUUUAAAUAUCAUGUUUGGGGAUACAAUUAUAGAUGAGAGUCACAGACAUGCACUGAAAUGGGUUGAAUACUCUAAGGAUGACUUCGCAUGCAACUGCUACCAAAAUAAAAAAUUUGGAGCUCAUUUAAAUCUAAUGCACCUUCCAAUUGAGAAAUCUGUUGCUCUGAUAUAUCGUUUUGUCAACGAAAUGGGUUUAGGAGGUAGAAAUAGUACAACAAGCCCCGAGCACUCUAGUCAUGACCAUCCAUUGCAACUUUUUGAGGAGCAGAAUAACGAAUGCAAUAAUUAUUUGACGUUGUUAUGCGAUGGAUGUGUGCAACAUGUUUCAGCUCCGUUUUACAGCUGCACUGAAUGUAAUUUCUUUCUCCACAAAUAUUGUGCGGCGUUACCCAAAGAGGUGCAACAUCCAUGCAACCCUGGUCACAUGCUCGUCCUGCGAAAGAUCCAUUAUACCUCAAAACACAUCAGGUGUGGUUGCUGCAGUACAAGAACCAAUGGAUUCGUCCUUAGUUGUGACCCAUGCAACCUUACUCUUCAUGUGAGGUGUGCUUCUCUACUAAACAGUGUUAAAGCACAUGACGCUCAUCAGCACCCCCUCGUUCCAAUGUCAAAGUUAAACCAUGGGCCGUGUAAUGCUUGUGGUGAUGAUUUCAAUGGGUUGGGAUUCAAAUGUGACACUUGCCGUUUUCGUCUAGACGGUUAUUGCGCCAUGUUGCCACGCAAGGUUAGGCACAGGGGGGACAAACAUGACCUCAACUUGAGCUUUCCCCCUUAUACUUACCAUCGGGAAGAGUUUUACUGUGACUUCUGCGAGAGAGAAAUAAAUCCGAAUUUUUGGAUUUAUAAUUGUCGUGAUUGCGAUCAAUCUUUCCACCCUAGAUGCACUGAUCCGGUCCAGCAAAUUAAGAAUCUUAAAGAUGAAAAUACCCUUAGAGUUAACAAUCACCCACACUUUCUCAAACGCGUUCAACAAUCUCUCAAGUGCAGCAUCUGCAAAAAACUUUCUUAUGCUGAUAUCUCCUUCGACUGUAUAUCAUGUCAUUUUCAGCUCAGUUACGAUUGUGUUACUGUAAGUGUGCCAUAA